CAUGGUGUGGGGUGAAGAGUCCUGAUAUUUGAGUUGGAUCUGACCGAAUCAACUAGCCUACAGCCUAUAUUUUAGUUGACUGGUUCAUUUCGUUAAAAUACGCGCAAAUGUUCGAAUAAAACGUUUCAAACGCCAAUUUCACAAGAGAGAUAUAAGAUUAUCGAGAGAAAAUAUAGGCCUAUAACCUCGGCAUUACAGGCUAAUAUCCACGGUAGGAAGUCGCAAUGGGCUUGAGGUUGAACUUGUCUCAAGGUUGUGUGGUUUGCCAGUCUACUCUCCGUCGUGUGAAGUGGAUGCCCGAUAGGCUUCAAUGUUUCAACAUUCUGUUUAACAAAGUAGCGAAGGUUUGUCGUGCUUUUGUAUACGCACUUGAUUAAGUCUUUGUCAAACAGGCAAAGUAACAGACUAUCCUGUAAUGUAGCGAAACCACGCUGGUGUUCUUCUUCUUCUAUAGGCAGCUGGCAUCCAAAAUCACUCUGGUGUUAACGGGGAGCUCGUGGUGUUAACGGAGAGCUCGCGCGAAGAUUUGCCUGCAAGGGGCGGAGUGUCACUGGGAUAGGGUAAGAUCGAAACAAACAAACCACAACACAAUAACACUCACUUCCGGAUGUCUCACCUGCGCCCUUGGCUCUCCCAACAUGGAAGUAACUCUGUGCGUAAAAUAACUGCUUGUUCGAGGCGAAACAACCAGACAGGUGCUAAAUUGUGGUCGCCCGUUUGGCGUGGGCAGCUUGGCUUUGGCACCAUCCUAAGAACUCUGUUUUCCUGGCGUCAGUCUUCGACACGUAACACUAAUGUCAUUGGCCGAGUUUCUCUGUGUGGUGCUCUUUCCUGAUGGCGACACACAUACAUUCCAUGUCAAUAGGCAACACGAUGGCUCUGUGCUCUUCAAUGCCGUGUGCAAGCAACUGGACGUUCAGGACACACACUAUUACAGUCUGCUCAUAUCAGAGAAUACACUCCGAGAGACCUCUCCGAGAUGGCUAGAAGUGAACAAACCCCUGAAGAAGCAGUUGAAAGGCAAUUCCCCAUUCUUCUUGAGUUUUAGAGUUCGGUUCUUUGUUUCUGAUCCAAAUUCUUUGCAGCAUGAGCAAACCAGACAUUUGUAUUUCCUUCAGAUUAAGAGAGACAUUCAGGAAGGAAGGUUGAAAUGCCCCCUCAGUUCUGCUGUGGUUCUGGCCUCAUAUGCUGUUCAGUCGGAACAUGGAGACCACAGUUCUAAGACGGCACCAGGGUACCUCAGCAAGGCGCAGUUCAUUCCAGAACAGAAUGAGGAAUUUCUCUCCAAAGUAGAAGCCCUACACCCUCAACAUAGGGGUCUAAGCCAGUGUGAAGCAGAGCUUUGUUUCCUCAACACAGCCAGGACACUAGAACUCUACGGCGUGGAGCUGCACGUUGCUAAGGACGUAAACAAAUCCACCCUAUGGGUUGGCAUCGCCUCGGGAGGAGUCGCUCUCUUCUGCAACCUCGUCUGCACCAGCUUCUUUCCCUGGAUCAACAUCAUCAAGAUUUCCUUCAAAAGGAAAAGGCUGUGCAUACAUCUCAGGAGAAAACAUGGAGAGGUGGGCGAGCAGGUGGUAUCUGUCUGCAUGCUGAGUUCUCGUAACUGCAAGGCCCUGUGGAGGUCAUGUGUGGACCAUCACACAUUCUACCAGCACAGGAACACACACACAGCACCCACCACCAGACCAUUAUACCGUAGGCUUGUGAGGGGAAAGCUAUGGGACUCAGCAUUGAAGUCAGGCUCAAGUGAACACCUGGAGACGCAGAGCCUCCCCUCCAGAUCACCCCCAGGCACCCCCACUUGGCGGAGUCCGCGAAUGAGACACGAUGUCCACAAGCCCCGGCCAUCAUCUGUUGACAAUCUGACGGGGGAACCGAGUGACGGAACAGAGAGUGAGGAAGUCUUUUACACAUACAGGAAAGUUCAAGAGGAUAACAGCUCAAGACACCUCUCCGCAGAAGAAGAUGAUUCUCGCCACCGCACCGCCGAAGAGGAUGAUUCUCCCUGGGACAAGGGUAUUGUGAUAGAUGGCGACCUGGUGUUGGUGAGAAUAAGUCCUGACCCCGAUGGCAAAUUUGGCUUCAAUGUCAAGGGAGGUGUGGAUCAGAAGAUGCCUCUGGUCAUCUCCCACGUCAACCCGGAAUCUCCGGCGGCGUGCUGUACACCGGCGGUGUGUGUGGGGGAUGAGCUGGUGUUGGUGAACGGGAGGGACGUGUCGGAGCACACACACCAGCAGGUGGUGAUGUUCAUCAGGGCCAGCAGAGAGACACACACCAACCACCUCACACUGCUGCUCAGACGCAGAGGUGUGUCUCUGCGGGCGGUCCCCUCCCUCCAUAUUGACCUUGGCGUGUCUCUGCUCGGGGAGAUCCCUCAGCCGACCAAUCAGGCGUCAGAGCAGCAGCAGCAGAGCCUGGAGGAGUCCAUGACCAGGAUGGAGAGGGGGAUCCUGACGGGCACGCUACUCAUGCAGUUUGAAAAACUGUACAGGAGAAAACCGGGACUCACUUACUCAACCGCCAAGCUGUCGGAGAACAUGGAGAAAAAUCGUUACAAGGACGUCUUGCCAUAUGACGUCACCAGAGUGGAGUUGAAGGGGGAUGACGGUGACUAUAUCAAUGCAAGCCACGUUAAGACAGAGCCUGGUGGGAAGGUGUUGCACUACAUUGCAGCUCAAGGCCCCCUGCCUCUCACCUGUGCUCACUUCUGGAGGUGUGUAUGGGAGCAGGGCAGCACACACAUCAUCAUGCUCACCACACUCACAGAGAGAGGACGGACCAAGUGUCAUCAGUACUGGCCACAUCCCCCGGAGGAGAGGGACUAUGCCAACCUCCGAGUCCGCUGCCACUCAGAGGAGGGCAACCUGACGUACGUCACCCGGGAAUUCACGCUCACCAACACUCAGACGGGUGAGAAGCGCUCGGUCACUCACCUGCAAUACGUGGCCUGGCCGGACCACGGCGCCCCAGAUGACGCCUCCGAGUUCCUGGACUUCAUCCAGUCUGUGCACAAAAGGAAGAAGGGAACAGCGCCAGUCAUGGUUCACUGCAGUGCAGGGAUUGGACGGACAGGUGUCCUGAUCACCAUGGAGACCGCCUUGAUGCAGAUGGAGGCAGGAGAGGCGGUCUACCCACUGCAGAUCGUCCAGACGCUCAGAGAACAGCGAGCCAUGAUGGUCCAAACACCGUGCCAGUUCCGCUUUGUGUGCGAGGCAAUCCUGAAGGUUUUCAAACAAAAGCACAAAACGUCGGGACCUUAAAAGGAUUUCUUGGUGGAAGAAGAGAGGAGAAAAAUGACCAAAGCUGCUGUAUAUGUUUUUGUAUUUAAACAUAUUUCCUAAUGUAAUAAAUUAAAUUGAAUAAUGGUCCGAAUAUGCAGUAGGAACAGAGGGGCACUUUGACUACUAUAAAGAGUAUGAACACACACACACACACACACACACACACACACACACACACACGGGAUAUAAGUGAUAUGAUCUUGAAUUGCUUAAAAGAGUGUGUUCUGUCCUAAAGACUGCCUGAUCCUAAUUGAAUGUCGCCAAGGUGCUAUCAACUGCUCAACAAAAUGAGAAAAUCAUUCCUUUAUCUGACAUUUUUUUCGCAUGUGAGUUUUGUACUACAGCAACAUUCCUCAUAAAGAUGCUGGGAAACACAUCUGUGAAAAUGAUUGGGGUCCACUGGUGUGGUCUCUGCGUUUAUUUUCUAGAACAAUGUGUCCAAGUUUUAGUAUGUGAUUACACAUGUGAGUUCACCACACAACAAGGGAACAAGCUGACACACAAAUAAAUCACUGUAACUGCCACCUCACACCAGUGAUCCCCUGAAGCACUAUUUAAACAAUCUGCCAAUAAAAAAUCCACAUGGUACAAGUGUAA